AUGGACUGUUCACCGGAAAAGCUUCGAAGCCUUGUUUCUGAAGGAGAGGUGGAAUUUGACGCUGAUAUCGCUGGGCCAGGAGUACUAGCUGCCUUCCUUGUCACGUCAUUGAUAGCAUUAGCUACUCUAAUUCUGGCCUUCCUCACAAUUUCGGUACCUGCGCGUCUUCUAAACUCCGGAGAUGCCGUAAUCGCUGCUGGGGCGCGUCGGACUUACCGCCGAUUAAGGGCCAAGUUCCCCAAGACCAAACGCACCAAGGUUGUCCAAAGCAGAAGGGAGCGGACUCAUGCCUUCAUGGCCUUCACGGUUGCUAUAAGUGAUCAGAUACUUGUCUCCCAGGCCUCCAUCCUAAUCGCAGCUCUUAUUAUCCACGACGACAUCACCAUUUAUUCCAGCAACAUUGUGAUCGCCCUAGGGUGUCUCGCGUCGACGGUACACUUGGGGAGUUUCCCAUUCUAUAUAGACCGCCUUAAAGAUCAUAGCACCGCCAAGCUUAUUCGUGUCCUUGCUAUGGUCACGGGCUCGGGAAUGCUUGUCUUCCUGCUCAUUAUUCGACUAUCGUACACCUGGGAUAUGGAGACCCACGUCUACUUCACCUGCACUCUUCAGGACUAUCGGAUGAAUGAGGAGAUGAAAGGGAUGGACUACAUCAGUAUCAUCAUGCAGAUGUUUGUUCCACUAACAGUGCUUUAUGGCACAUAUGAGAUUGUUCAACUACUGUAUCGCGACCAGCCAGUAGAUGACAAGUCUAAUGGACCUGGUGCCCGGAGAGAGUCCAUUGUUGCACGACAUAAUCGAGCAGACCUCGAUGCUCAACAGCUCCCAGACAAUGGAGGUAUCGAACUUCAAAGGCUUGGAAGGUUAGAAGACCAAGCUAUUACAGAGAACCACCGGGAUCCUAGCGAUAUAGAAGUCGAAAGUCGGGCGAUCGUUUCCAUUUUGCAGCUAAUCUCAGGUAGCGGCACAGACACUACGGCAAACAGCGAGAUGAACUAUCAACAUCAAAGAUCCAUGCUAAUUAAGAUAAGAGGCGCAAAAAUACAAUUUAAAGAGCUGCUGGAAGAAAUUAAAGAGUCCAAACGAGAGCCUCUCUUGAACAAAUGGCUGAAGCUCAAGGCUCUCACGAUCUUAACCUCGGAUAUAGUGUCAACAAGAAAGCUUAGACUCCUUGUCAGAUUGACAGCUGAAACAUGGGCAUUCCACCAAUGUCGCGGGUCCUUCGCCUGGAGAUUAUUCUGGCUCUGGUCAGGUAAUGUCUAUGGGGUUGUGACCAUUUUCACUACCCGCGCUGUAACAACGGGCAUGUCAGGCAGCCCCAACAAGAUGGGAUUUGGCCAAGUUGUGCCGUUAACUCUGCUUGCACUCCCGAUAUUUGCAGCUAUGGAGGGCCAUGCCGACUAUAAGCAGAAGCUCAAGUCAAUUGAGAAAGCUCAUGUUGAUCAAGCGAGCCUCGAAAUAUCUGUUAAUAGGAACACGCAGUCCCAUUCGAUAGGUCAAUCUCCUGCGCAUAUACAAAAUACGCCCGCACAGAUAGACAUUAAAAGUAUACAGACCGUGCAAGAGAUCCUUAAAAAGCGUGCCAAAGAUAUCGGAUAUCCGGAGCUUUACAAUUGGGUGACAGGAGACGAUUUGACCAGCGCAUCGAGUCUCCAAAUGGGUGUUGCGGCUCAUGCAGCAGCCAUGUUUACCAUCACAACUUUACUCGGCUAUUCGAUGGCUUAUGACAUAGCCAGCAUCAAUUUUACAUUGAUCGCAAUUCUGUUUCUCCUUGCCGCUCGCAGGCUCACAGGGCUCUUGUUGGUUGAAUUGGACAUGAGAUCGUGCCCCAUAAUCGUUGAUCAUCUUCGGUGCACAGAUGCUUUCCCUAAUCAACAGUAUGGGAGCCAUGGUGAAAGGAUGGCAAUAGGGCAAGCAGCUGGAGACGCUGGAGAGGAUGUGGAAGAGGAGGAUAGGCAAGAAGCGUGA